AUGGAAACUGAUAUUGAUAAACAAUAUUUCUCUUUUCAACAACUUGAUUAUAUUAAGUUACUACUCGUAAAUGCUUAUAAAAAAUUGAAAGACCCCUCUGUUUUAGAAAAGAAGGAAUAUUUUUGUUUUCAAGACAUCAAAAAUCUGAGAGAAGAAAUUAAAAAAGGAAGUAACAUCAAUGGUUAUAUCACAAAAAAAAUCUUUGACGCUGAAAGAUCAACAAAUUAUAAUACUACCAAAAAACACAACGAAAAUUAUCAUAUAGUUAGUUCAGGAGUUGAGGAAAUAAAUUGUUAUCCAAGAAGAGAUGUUCAUUACUCAAGAAGAGGAAUUGGGAGUCAUAAUAGGUCUCAUUCUAGACCAAGUGACAAACAAACACAAUACCCAGAACGUGAAUUUUAUGGUGAACUGGAGGAAAACAAAAGAAAAAAAUUCCAGAGAAAACAAUUAAUUAAAGAAAUAAUAUUAGAUGAUAACAAAUUUGAUGUUCAGUUACUCAACAAUGUAAGAGUUAUACAAGAAAGAACUGACACUUCUAAAGAUAUACAAGCAUCUGGGAUUAUUACAACUACUGAUGAUGAUAUUAAAACUUUUGAUAAAAAAGAAGGAGAAUUUGAGUUCUUUGAAGAUUCAAAUUUAAGUUCAAGUAAUGAUGAUGUUGAACAGGCACUAACUACUAAAAAUCAUGUCUUUGCAUCUAUUCAUGUCCCACAAGAAAUUAAUGAGUUAGGGCUUGUUUCUUUAGCAAAAGAAGUGAGUCGUGUUAAAAUGUAUACAUUUGAUAUUACAACAAGAGAGUUAUUGAUUGAAUUUAUGAGUAAUAGAAGUCUAAAUUCUUUUAUUUCAUGUAGAGAAAUGAGAUUUGUUGAAUGUAAAACCUUUUAA